AUGGGUGCCCAGUCGUUGCCCCCAGCCUGGCAGCUCUACCUCAAGGACCACCGCGUCUCCACGUUUAAGAACUGGCCCUUCUUACAGGGCUGCGCUUGCACCCCGGAGCGGAUGGCCGCGGCAGGCUUCAUCCACUGCCCCACUGAGAACGAGCCCAACUUGGCUCAGUGUUUCUUCUGCUUCAAGGAGUUGGAAGGCUGGGAACCAGAUGACGACCCUAUGCAAAGGAAACCAACAGUAAGCAGAAAGAAUUUGAAGAAACUGCAAAGAAAGUCCACUGUGCCAUUGAGCAGCUGGCGGCCUUGGAGUGACACCUCCCUGUCACUGCACAGAGACACAGACACGUCGUUUCUAGGGCGCACCCCUCAGCAUUGCCAGUUUUUCUCUGGAGCCUCUUAA